UGAACAUUAUAUCUAAGUGCUGGGCUCUAGAAAGUAACUUAUCAACAGAAAAUAACCGAAUCACUGUACAAUGUUUUGUUUUUUUGUAAGUGCUGUUUUACUUGUAUUUGCAUUGAAAUACCGGUAUCCUUACUUUAUCAAAGAGGCAAAAUACAUCUAUCGAGUAGCAUUGGUUAGAUAUCGUCUGACAAAAUACAUCAAAUCCAAACCUUUCUAUUCCUUACUGGAUCGAUUCUUGGAUUCGGUUCGGAAGAGCCCACACAAAGCGUUCAUUCGGUUUCAGGAUCAAACGUACUCGUAUGUGCAGUCGGAUAAACAGAGUAAUAAAAUCGCGAGGAGUUUGUUAAAACACGCAGAUCUUCAUGAAGGAGACACAGUUGCGCUUCUGUUGGGGAACGAGCCCAUGUUCUUGUGGAUUUGCUUGGCUUUGACCAAGAUCGGAUGUUCUGCUGCUCUUCUCAAUCAUAACAUCCGAUCCAAAUCACUGCUGCACUGUUUCACCUGCUGUGAGGCCACGGUGCUGAUCGCUGGGCCAGAACUGCAGGAUGCUGUUGAGGAGGUGCUCCCCGCACUGAGAGAGCAGGGCGUCUCGGUCUAUAUACUGACUGACCAUGUGACCUCCGAGGGAAUGAAAAGUCUUACAGACAAGAUCAAGCAGGCCUCAGAUGAGCCUGUUCCUGCAGACCUGAGGGCAAACGCUAGAUUCAACAGCCCAGCGGCGUACAUCUACACGUCAGGCACCACGGGUCUUCCAAAGGCAGCGGUGAUCACUCAUUUGAGGCUGUGGGUCAUCGCCUUCUUCCAGUCCAUUUGUGGUGUGACGUCUGAUGAUGUGGUGUACGUCUGCCUUCCCUUGUAUCACAGCGCUGGCUUUGGCUUUGGAUUCGGAGGUGCUAUUGAAAGAGGAUCUACUAUUGUCCUGAAGAGCAAAUUUUCUUCCUCUCAGUUCUGGGACGACUGCAGAAAAUAUAAUGUUACUGUGAUACUGUAUAUUGGAGAAACAAUGCGCUACCUCUGCAAUACACCAAAGGUAUUGAAGCAUUUAAGAAGCCAAACUGCACAGAAUCUUCCUCUUUUGCUCGUCUACAGGAAUGUUGUGCUGGUUGCACACUGAUGUAUGUAGGCUUGU